GAGAUCGGCUGGUCGCAGAACACCAUCUUCGACCACUUCUCCCACGGCCCGGGCCGCGCGCCCGGCCUCUCCGUCUUCGAGACGGUGGUGCGGCUCCUGCUCGGCGAGUGUUCCGUGGAGGACGUGCCCAAGAUGGUCGUGGUCGAGCGGGACUCGCGGCUCUACUCGCUGAGCAACCGCCGCCUCUAUGCGCUCCGCACCUACCAGCGCGUGCGCCGGCGCCUCGACCGCGCGGCGCCGGCCCUGCGGGUGCAGGUGCGGCUGGUGCCCCAGGUGCCCGACUGGGCGUCGUUCAGCACCGAAGACGCAG